AUGGCGAGCUUACAGAAGCAGAAAUUCUCUAUGAUUCUCUACUAUGUGCUCCCGAUUCUCAUCACCGGCUUCGCCUAUGGCUGGGAAGUGGGAUCCAUGGGAGGCAUUCUAGCUAUGCCUCAGUUUCUUUCCUACAUGAAUACUCCUAGCCCAUUCAGACAAGGCCUGAUGACCGUUUCGUUGAUUGCCGGGGAAUUCGUCGGAUCGCUGUUGAUAGGACAGUUCUUCUCUGACUACUUUGGCCGAAGGAUGGCCAUAAUGAUCACAGUGGUGCUCUAUCUCACCGGACAAGCUGUCGUGGUUGCUGCACAGGGAUCCGGUAUGUUUAUUGCUGGUAGGGUUCUGAACGGAUUUGGUGCUGGUCCACUUUUCCAAACCAUGUCAUUCUACACCGCCGAGAUAACGCCCCCUCAUAUACGUGGCCGGGUAACGGCAACUCUCAACUUAGGCAUCGCAGUUGGCGUCUUAGUGGCAUAUUGGGUUCAAUAUGGCGCUCUCAAAAUUUCCGGUAACACUGCCUGGCGUCUCUGUUUUGCGCUCCAGCUAGUCCCUGGCGCCAUAGUUGGCGUUGUAAUGAUAUUUCGGCCAGAGUCCCCUCGUUGGCUGGUCCAACAUGAACGCGACGAUGAGGCUCUGCAGGUUUUGGCCAAACUUCACGGAAACGAUGACUUGAAUAAUGCUCUGGUUCGAGCUGAGCUUGAAGAAAUCCGUGCAGUGGUCAACCUUGAACUGUCUUCUUCUGCACCAUCAUACUCAACGCUUCUAUUUGGAAAGGAUUACCGUCGCCGAACGGCACUGGGUAUGGGCCUGCAGUGUAUGCAACAACUCUCUGGGGCCAAUAUCGUGCUCUAUUAUGCUGCGAAAGUCUUUUCGCAGACGGGGCGAACGGGUUCGACUGCGGCUUUGUUGGCUAAUGGAAUCAGCUCUGCUCUACUAGUCGUCGGUACCUUAUCUCUUACGCUACUUUUGGACUUCUAUGGGCGUCGAAAGCCUAUUUUCCUUGGUCCAGCAUUCAUGGGUGGCUGCCUGCUAAUUGUCGGAUCCAUGUUAAUCGGCUUUGGAUCGCCCCAGUUUAAUACAAUCACAAAUGCAGUAGAAUUCACGUUUGUGAAUCAAAAUGCCGGAAACACUGCCGUUGCGUUCAUGUUCUUGUUUCAAUUCUUCUUUGGCGCCCUCAACAGUUCCGUGCCCUGGACGUAUAUGAGUGAGGUCUUCCCCGUCGUUGCCCGAGCUCGUGGUACCUCUCUCGCAACGGCCAGUAAUUAUUUCACAAAUUUCUGGUUGGGAUUAUACAUCCCCCAAGCUCUGAAUUCUGCAUCCUGGAAACUUUACUAUAUUUUUGGGGGCAUCAAUUUUAUGUGCGCCGUCAUUGGAUUCCUCUUCUUUCCUGAAACUGCAGGUCGCUCUCUUGAGGAGUUGGAUCUAUUGUUCGUGUCAGGUCGAAAAACAUUCGUUUUCCUGGAUCGCGAUGCAACCACCAAACGUCCUAUGUUAGAAGAUAGGCUCGACGCCGAAGAUCCAGAGGCCGUGGCGAUGGAAUUGCGUAAGCAGCUGGCUAAAGCGUCAUCUGCUGAGAAUUAUCCAGGCGGAAAUGAUAAGGAAGGCAUUAUUACAGCCACGCAUCAGGAAAAAGCUUAG